AUGGAUCUGGAAGCUCUUCUCGCCCGGAAAGCUACGCACCAGCAGCCGGAAAAACGCAGUGUUUUGACCAUUUCGAGUAUUCUUGCAAGUCAGGCGUUGGAGAAACUAGCUUACUACGGAUUGGCACCCAACAUGAUACUUUACUUGACGGCGGAGUACGGCAUGACAACACGGGAGGCCAACAUACUCUUACUCUGGUGUGCCGCCACCAACUUCUUCUCUCUUGUUGGUGCUUUUAUCGCUGAUUCUUACACGGGUCGCUUUCCUCUUAUUGGGUUUGGAUCAUCCGCCAGCCUACUGGGAAUGCUUUUAUUAUGGCUGACAACAAUCAUUCAUCCAGAAUGCUACAAAUCAACACAAGUUUGUCAACCAACCACACCACUUCAACUCACUCUCCUUUAUUCCUUUUUUAUCCUCACCUCCAUCGGCGCCGGCGGCGUCAGGUCCUCCUCCUUAGCCUUCUCCGCCGAUCAGCUCCAACUCAACCAUGCAUCACGUAUCACCACGUCAGCCCUAGAAACCCUCUUUAACUGGUACUACUUCUCAGUCAUGCUGGCUUACCUCCUCUCGCAGUCGUUUCUCGUCUUCGUUCAGACAAAGUAUGGUUGGCAGAUCGGUUUUGGAGUCUCUGUCGUUGCCAUGGCUUUAUCGGUUGCUUUGUUCUUCGUGGCUUCUCCGUUUUAUGUCAAGCUUAAGUGUGAGCCCGGUCUCGUAUCUGGACUUUUCCAGGUUCUUGUUGCUGCAUUUAGGAACCGGCACAUUGAUUUGUCAUCGGAGGAGCAUAUUAUAUCGUACCAUCACGAAACGGGAUCUCCAUGUUCAAUUCCAAGCCAAAAAAUGAGGUAUUUAAACAAAGCAUGCGCCACAAGUAACCCAAAGAGAGACCUAAACCUAGAAGGGAAAUCACGUAGUCCAUGGAAACUAUGUAGGGUGCAACAAGUAGAAGACCUUAAAUCUCUUGUCAAUGUCCUACCAAUCUGCUCAACGGGAAUCAUCUUGUCACUUGUCGCAGCUUGCCAAGCCUCAUUCAUAGUUCUCCAAGCCAGUGCCAUGGAUCGUCGCACUUUCGUUCAGGGUUUCGAGAUUCCUCCAGGAAGUUAUAGCAUUUUUAUGACUAUCUCCUUCGUGCUCUUCCUUGCUAUUUACGAUCUUGUCGUUGUCCCGUUAGUCUCUUGGAUUAUAAGAAAGCCCUUUCGAUUGGGAGUAAUGGCGAGAAUGGGAGUUGGGGUUUCAAUAUCGGUGUUAUGCAUCUCCUCUCUCGCGACCGUGGAGUACGUUAGUAAAAGAGCUAGAGACGAGAGAGGUUCGAUGCUGUCGGCGAUUUGGCUAUCGCCGUACAUGAUAUUAGGAGGCAUUUCAGAGGCACUUGUUGUCAUAGCACAGAACGAGUUCUUAUACUCUGAGCUUCCCAAGUCCAUGUCAAGCGUCGCCACCACACUCCCCGGCCUCGGCUUGGCCGCCUCAAGCAUCGUCUCGUCUUGGAUCAUCACUGUAGUAGACGUCGCCACCUGCCGGAGCUGGAUCACAGAGGAUAUAGACGAGGGACACCUGGACUAUUACUACUGGCUCGUGGCGGUAUUGUCUCUUCUCAAUGUUCUGUAUUUUGCUUGGUGUAGCAAAGCUUAUGGUAAAUGUAAAAGUGAUUCAGAUAAUUAAAUAGCGACACAAGUACAAGACAUUUGAAUCCGUAUCAAAUAAAAUUACACGAACAAAUACUAAAAUUUAUCCGUAUUAUG